UUUCGUUUAGGAAUCUUUACCAUUAAAUAUAAUACUUAGUUGAGUUUAUGUUCGAGACGUGUCCGAUUUCGUGUUUGCUGGAGGUCACAGACAUGCAAAACUCCUUUUCUUGAACAAAAGUAGGUUUUUGCAUCCACCUGCGAGGACAUAAAUCCAGGCGGACACCUGCUUUGAAUUUGCAGAUUCAAGAGAAGACUGCAGACGGCUUUUCACGUCACAGCUGUCUCCAUCACAGCAGAGACCAUGGAGAAGAAGAUGUUUGGCAUCUUCCUAUUCUCUGGUCUGUGCCAUUUCACCUUCUCUUACCAACGUCCUCUGUACCACUUUAUCAACGACCCUAAAGACUGGCUCACUGCCCAGCAGUACUGUAGAGAUACAUACACUGAUUUGGCAACCAUAACUGAUGAGCAGGACUUGGAGGAUUUAGCAGGUCUUGUGGGGUCUGGUGGUCCCUUGGUGUACUUAGGUUUGUACAGAGAUUGGGGCUGGUCAGUGUCUGAAAAUGAUGACUACAUUGAAGGAGAACCUGCGUUCUGGAACUGGGCAACUGGUGAGCCCAGUGUUCAGUCCUGUGCAAGCAUGUCAGCAACAGGGGGAUGGUAUGCUACACCGUGCAACUCCACUUUGAGCUUCUUCUGCUACACUGCACUUGCCACUGACGUUUCUAAAAGGUUUGUCCUGAUCACCAACCCCAUGGACUGGCUCUCUGCUCAGAGCUACUGCAGGUCUAAGCACACAGAUCUGGCCCGAGUGCGGAACCAGCAGGAAAAUGACCUGCUGCAAGCCAUGGUGACAAACCAGCAGGUGUGGAUCGGCCUGACCAGGAUGUCCUGGAGGUGGUCUGAUGGAAGCCAACCCUCGUUCAUACCCUGGAGACUCUCGGUGUUAACGUCAGCUCAGCUCAGCGAUUGUGGUGUGCUUGAGGUCAGCAGCAAUCCUCUUGGGAUGGUCCAAAGGAGCUAUGCUGAAAAACAGCCCUUUAUUUGCUACACCGCUCCUCGGAAGAAGACCUUGGUGCAAAUGCAGCUCAAUGCUGAUGUGGACAUGACAGACCCGGGUUUGAGGGAGUCCGUCUUGAAAUGGGUUAAAAAUAACCUGGGCGGCACAUCUGAUGACCUAAAUGUGAGCUGGUGGAAACCUCCAGAAAAGAAAUACCUCUUAAAGCAUCAGAAAUGCCCCCCAUAGUUGCCACUGUUUGUUUCUAUAUCUGCAUAAAAGAGGCUCAAUAUCAUAAACGUACCUAAUGUACCUUUGGUAUAUUACAUUUAUCAUUUGCAAAAGUGAAAACAAACAAAAACAUCUGUUCUACUUUUCAUACAACUUAUUGAUUGAUUUGUUCUUUAUUUCUUAGGUUAUAUCUGUAUAUUUCCUUUUUCUGUUGGAGUGCAUAAAUAAACAUGAAGGAAUGCAAACUUUCAGGGUUAUUUAAGGUGAUGAACGACUAAAGAAGACGAGUUGUGUUUGUCUCAUCAGAGAGAAAUAUCAGAUCUGAAAAUGAGCAUCUACCUUGAAUCGAGCUCAACUAAACUGGAUUUCCAUGUAGUUUGCAUACCUCGAAGCAGGCCUUAGAGGACUUUUUCUAAAUUGGUCAUGAGGUGAAGUUAGAAUUAAAAUACAAGCCAUUCUAUAGGGAAUAUUCAGAACUGACUGCUGGGCUAAUGCCAUGCUAAAGCUAACUAUUAGAUUAUGCUACUGGGGCCCAUUUCGGUGUAAAUCUGCAUGUUAAUUCGAGACCCGUCAAAUCAUUUAAUCCUUUUUAAUGAAAAGAACAAAUCUCUGUAACAGUAGUUGAGGACAAGCUUUCUAGUUUUAACAUUUUGUUCAUUCAUUAUUGUAUUUAAAGUAUAUGAAGAUUGCUCUCUUGUUAAGAGUGUGGUAAAUACAGUUAUUCUUUGGUGUGAUUCGACUUUAACUUGGACAGAUUUCCUUUUAUUUAGAUAUUAUUGAUCCUGCUGUGUGUGCAGGUUGGGUGGCUGCUCACUUCCACUCUGCUUCUUCCUCUUAGUGACAUCAGUUUCCAGUAAUUUGAGGAAAAAUACAUUUUACAAUCCCCGGAUUUCUCUUUGCAGUGUGGAAUGUUCUUU